AUGCAUUUGACUCUUGCGGCGGGCAUUGUGGCCGCGGCCCUAGCGGUUGUCUACGUCUUCAACCAAAUCCGCGAGAUACUCUAUUAUAGAGCUCGAGCCAGGGAGCUCGGAUGCGAGUCGCCGCCAUGGAUGUCAACGUUUGACCCGACUGGUAUAUCAGAAUUGGUAAAAGGCGUCAAGGCGAGCCGUCAAAAGCAGUUUCCUACCUAUAUGCAGGAAAAAUUCGACCGGGAAGCAACUAAAUACGGCCGCACGAUGGGCACCUUUCGCUUUCAAUCACCCUUCUUCCGGGAAACUUUGGUAACGAUAGAACCUCGGAAUAUCCAAACGAUUCUAGCGCUCAAAUUCAAGGAUUUCGGCUUGGGUAUAAAUCGAACGGAUAACUUCGAGCCAUUGCUUGGACAUGGAAUUUUCGCCUCAAACGGCAAGUACUGGGAGCAUUCUAGAGCCUUGCUACGUCCACAAUUCAAUCGCGGCCAAGUGAGCGACCUCAGUCUGGAAGAAGACCAUGUCAGGGCUUUCAUGACAGUACUCGAUCGCCAUGUUGGGCCGGAUGGCUGGACAAGUCUGGUGGACCUCCAGCCUCUGUUUUUCAGGCUCACGCUCGAUUCCGCAACUGAGUUCCUCUUCGGGGAGAGUGUGAACAGCCAACUCGAGGAUCACCAACCUAAUUCUGAUGACGACGUCGGUUUCGCAUAUGCCUUUGAUAAAGCACAAUAUACUCUUGCCAUUGGAGCGCGACUAGGGCCACACUAUAAAUACUCUCAUACCUCCGAGUUUAAGCGAAUGGUCAAGAGUGUGCACGAUUUCGUCGACUACUUUGUUCAGAAAGCUCUUGCUGAAGGCGCCAGCGAAAAAUGGUCUACGGAUGAAGGAAGAUACGUUUUCCUCAAAGCACUGGCCAAGGAUACCCAAGACCCUGAGGAGCUGCGAUCCGAACUUCUCAACAUUUUGCUUGCCGGCCGAGAUACUACUGCUUCAACACUAGGGUUUUUCUUUUAUACCAUGGCCGACCCUCGAUACUCACACAUUUACCAACGUCUGAGAACCAUCAUCCUGGACGAAUUUGGAACAUACUCCAACCCCAGGGAAAUUACAUUCGAAAAGAUGAAGAGCUGCCAGUAUCUUCAAUGGUGUCUGAAUGAGAUCCUACGCCUCUAUCCUGCAGUCCCCAUGAAUGUUCGAACCGCCCAAGUUGACACAACACUGCCUGUUGGAGGUGGUAAAGACGGACAAUCACCAAUCUUUGUGACCAAGGGUCAAGACGUCGCCUACUCCGUUUACCUCAUGCAUCGUCGAAAAGAUCUGUGGGGCCCUGAUGCUGAAUAUUUCAAGCCCGAGAGAUGGGAAGCGCGACGACCAGGCUGGGAAUAUCUCCCGUUCAACGGAGGACCAAGAAUCUGCAUCGGCCAGCAGUUUGCACUGACAGAGUUGGGCUACGUUGUAGUCCGAUUGAUGCAGCGCAUUGACAGCAUCGAUGGAUCACAAGCUGGCCCAGUUAGCCACGGUUUAACUUUGAUCAACUCGCCCGGCGAGGGAGUCAAUCUCAAACUGCAUUUUGUCGAGUAA